AUGAAGCUCUCCAUCCUCAUUCUGGCAGCUGCCUCCACCCUCGUCCUCGCCGGCGGCGGCAAGAAGGAUGAAUCCGUUCUGUGCAAGAAGUGCGACAUCUACAGCCUUGAACACUGCGAGAAAGACGUCUGCAAGGACAAACUCAACGACCGCAAGCAGAAAGACUUUGAAUGGUAUAUGUGCGUGAACGACUGUAACCGCCAGGACAUCUGCAA